AUGAAACUCAUCAGCAUGGCCCUGAUGUGUCUGCUGCUGGCUGCCAUGUGGCCACAAGAUGUGGACAGCAAGAGCAUGCACGUGGCCUCCUCUCGCUGCUGCUUCAGCUUUCUGAAGAAAAUGCCUCCCCAGAAGUCAAUCCAGUGUUACAGAGAAAUCAGCUCCUCCUGUUCCCACCGAGCUGUUGUAUUCAGGAUGAAGAAAGGUCAAGAAAGCUGUGCCAAGAGUACAGAUGCGUGGGUUCGGCGUUACCUGAAGGAGGUGAAACCCUGCCCGCUGAGGUGAAGCUGAGCUCCGCCUUC